AUGCCCCGUCGCUCUACCAUCGCCGACAAGCCUGAGCUUGACGAUCUUCUUCUCUCCACCAUGGUCGAACACAAUGGCCACAAGUAUCUCCCUCUUUCCGCGCCCACCAUUCAUAAACUCUCACCCUACUGGAAGGGAGCCAAGCCCAUCGCGGACAUGAAGCUCUUCGAGUGCAUCAUGAUCACGAAAGAAGUCAACGCUGUUCACGCCGAUCACGUCGUCGCUGCCCUAAAGCGCAUCGGUCAGCACUGUCACCACCUCCUUGUCGUGGCACCCAUUCAGACCACGGAGCUUGGCAACGUCUUCAACCGCGAGGCUGACAACGUGAGCCCGGGUAACGACUGGUGCCGUAUCCUCGAGUGCUUCCCCAACCUGAAGCAGCUGAUGUUCAUUCAUCCCAUCGACGUGCCCACUGAGCUCUCUCGCUACACCUACUUCGCCCUCCAUGCCGCCGUCGCCAACCGCCAAUAUGCUCAGGGCCUCGAGAGCUUCGGCUACAAUGGACCGCCCGGUGUGCUGAUGAACUUCGCGCACAAUACCACGAACACAACCACCACGGUGGCUUCUUCCAACACCAUGACUUGA